AUGCAUAAAAAUAUAUGUCCAUUUUGUCUUGCAUAUUACCGUUCUUAUAAACAAUUUUAUGAUGUAAAUGGACAUUUCAACACCAAAAAAUGUAAAAAUGAACAAAAUAAAAUUAUUACAAAUAAUCAAAAAAGAGAUAGCUUUUAUAAAAAAUUAAUGGAUAUUACUGGUGAAAAAAUAAAAUAUCCAACAAAUGAUCCAGAUGACCCAUGUAAACAUUUAUGUAACCAAAACCAAGAUGAAAUUUUUUAUCAAGAAAAUAAUGAAAAUAAUGAAAAUAAUCAAACAAUUGAUAAUGAAGAAAAUCAUGAUAUAAUUGGGUUGGUACAUAGUGAAGAUGAAAACAAUGAAAUUAGAAUAGAUGAAAAUGAAGCAAACAUUAAUAAUGAAAAUAAUGAAAAUAAUGAAAAUGAAAAUGCUCAAAACGAACCAAUAAAUAAUAAUCUAAAUAAUAAUUUAGAUAAUGAAAAAUCAAAAAAAAAAUUAAAUGAAACUGAAAUUGAAUUUUUAAUGUUGGGAAUUGAAAACUCAAUAAGUUUAAAGCUACUUGAAAAAUUUAAAAGUUUUAUUGACAAAAAUAAAACCAAUUUAAAUCAAAUAAGAUACACACCUCAAUAUAUGGAUAAAUUAUUUAUGGAAGAUUUUCAAAUAAAAGGAGAAACAUUUAUAAAUAAAAAUUAUGAUCACUCAAUUUUUUAUUUUGAAAUUAAAAAAGUAUUAGAAACUUUAUUAAAUAAAAAGCAAUUUUUUGAAAGAAUAGAUUUUGAUACAGAUUUUGAAACUGGAAUUUAUACAAAUUAUAAAAGUGGUCAACAAUUUAAAGAUUUAAAAAAUAAAAAUAAAAAUAAAAUUGUUUUACUUAGAAUAUUCACUGAUAGUAUGCAGUGUCAAAACAAGAAAGAUUAUACUAUAAUGCUGGAUAUAGAAAAUUAUAUUGGAAAUGAAUUUAAAAAUAAUAAAUUAUUAUUAUUUGUAGUACCAAAUGAUUGGUUACUUAAUUUUCAUCAAACAAUUAGGGCAUUGUUUUCAUCUUUUAUUGGUAAUGGCUUUAAUUUAAUUAUUGAAAAUGAACAAAUAGAUGUUGUACCGUUUGGACUGACAAUGGAUAUUCCAGAAUUUAGAGCAUCGUGUAAACUUAAUGGACAUAAUUCAAAUGAAUAUGCAUGUCACACAUGUGACAAACCAAGAGAUGGUUUAUUUAUUUGCAAAUCAGGUACAUUAAGAAAACAAGAAGAUAUUACAAAUUUUCACUCCAACAAACCAAAUUAUGCUGAAUUAAAUGCUGAUAUAGAAUUAAAAAAAGUAUGGGAAAAAAAAGCAAAAGAUAUUGGUAUCAAAGGUGUGGACAGAGGGUGGGUCGAACCCUUGUCCAUUAAUUAUUUAAAAACACAACCAGACAUAUUACAUAAUAUUUUAUUAGGUGUCGCACAAAGAUGUUUAAAUUACAUUUUUGAUAAAUAUAAAAAUAAAAUUGCAAAUUUUUUAAAUAAUUUAAAAAAUGCAAAAAUAAUAGAUAACAAACCAAAACCUUCAAUUUCACUAUUUGCAAAUAAAACAAGGAAAGGAAGAGAGAAUAGAUCAAUAUUAUAUUACCUUUUAAUAUCAAUUAAAAAUCAAAUAUCAAAUGAUGAUUUUUUAAUUAUGGAACAAUUAGUAACUAUAUGUUUUAAAUUAUAUAGUGACUCUUUUGAUGAAAAUGAUUUAAAUUCACUUCAAGUAUUAAUUGAAUCGUUUAAUGCAAAAGUAAAUUUAAUUAUUGAAACAGAAAUAAUGAAUUUCCACUUGUUGUUACAUUAUCCAAUUUAUAUAAAAAAUUGGGGUGCACCAAAAUACACUUCAGCUGAAACUUUUGAAGCACAAUUAUCAAGAAUUAAAAAUUAUUUAAAAAAUAAUACAAAUAAUAGGGAUGAACAAUAUGAAAGGGUUACCAAAUUAAACAUGGUGAAAUUUUUUAAUUCAGUAGAUAAAUUAAAAAGUAUUGAACCUGAAAGUACAGCAUUAAUUAUUGGUAACAAAAUAAAAAAUCCAGAUAAUUUAGAUAACAUAAAAAUUAAAUUAGAUUCAUUAUUUCAAAAUUAUAAAAAUAUAACUUUUCACUCAUCAAUUAAAAAUAAUAAAGAAAUAUACAAUGUUGGUGAUGCAGUUGAAGUUGCAUCAGAUAAUGAACUUUCAGGUAGAUGGUCAGGUAUUAUCAAUUCAAUAUCAAUGAUUGAAAUGGAUGAUAACAUAAUAAAACAUGCAAUAUUAUUAAAUUAUUUUGACAAAUAUGUUGGUGACCAAUUUAAUAAAUACCAUUUUCUUUCAAAUGAAUUAAAUUAUAUUACAUAUGAUAAUAUUCUAAAUAAUGUUAUACCAAUUCAAAUUGAUGAUACCAAUUACCUUAUUAUUUACAAGUGCCACGAUAAAUUCUCGGCUUCAAAAAAUAAAAAAUCAAAAAAUUAA